AUGGCGACGAUCCAGCACCAGGCGGCCGCGGCGGCAGCGGCAGCGGCACCGAGCACGACGACGGGCGGCGGGCAGCGCGCGAUGGACCUGUACGAGAAGCUGGAGAAGGUCGGGGAGGGGACGUACGGGAAGGUGUACAGGGCGCGGGAGAAGGCGACGGGCCGGAUCGUGGCGCUGAAGAAGACGCGGCUCCCCGAGGACGACGAGGGCGUGCCCCCGACCGCGAUGCGGGAGGUCUCCCUGCUGCGGAUGCUGUCGCAGGACCCGCACGUGGUGCGCCUGCUGGACCUCAAGCAGGGCGUCAACAAGGAGGGGCAGACCAUCCUCUACCUCGUCUUCGAGUACAUGGACACCGACCUGAAGAAGUUCAUCCGCGGACACCGCAGCAACCGCGAGAAGAUCCCCGCGGCCACCGUGAAGAUCCUCAUGUACCAAUUGUGCAAGGGCGUGGCCUUCGUCCACGGCCGUGGAGUGCUGCACCGGGACCUCAAGCCGCACAACCUGCUCAUGGACCGCAAGACCAUGGCGCUUAAGAUCGCCGACCUCGGCCUCAGCCGCGCCAUCACCGUCCCUGUCAAGAAGUACACCCACGAGAUCCUUACUCUCUGGUACAGGGCUCCCGAGAUUCUCCUAGGCGCCACGCACUACUCCACUCCUGUUGACAUAUGGUCUGUUGGCUGCAUAUUCGCUGAGUUGGUCACUAACCAGCCACUUUUCCCUGGUGACUCCGAGUUGCAGCAGCUGCUCCACAUCUUCAAGUUGCUGGGCACCCCGAAUGAGGAGGUGUGGCCAGGCGUUGGCAAGCUGCCCAAUUGGCACGAGUACCCCCAGUGGAAGCCGACGAAGCUGUCCACUCUUGUGCCCGGUCUCGACGCUCAUGGCUACGAUCUUCUUGAGAAAAUGCUGGAGUACGAACCGGCGAAACGAAUCCCGGCGAAGAAGGCCCUGGAGCACCCCUACUUCAACGACUUGAGGAAGGAGAUGCACUGA